GAAGGUGCAAUGGCUCAAGAAUCUCCAAAAAAUUCUGCAGCAGAAAUUCCUGUGACUAGCAAUGGGCAGCUAGAAGAUUCUCAUGAGCACAGCUUUAACAGGGACUUGAAACGCUCAUUACCAGUUGGACUAGGACUUUCUGAAACCAAAAUAACAUCUCAUGGGUUUGACAGCACCAAAGAGGGAGUUGUUGAGGCAGGACCAUUUCCAGGUAAAGGUUCCUCAGCAUCACCCAAAUCAUCUGUUAUAUCUCCUAGCAGUGCAGCAGCUAGCAGACUGGCUGGACAAGGUUGUGAUUUAAUUAUUCCCACAGGGGGCAGAGCGCAGCAGAGGAGUGGACCUGUUGUGUUAGCAGAUGAAGUGAAAAACCCAGCAAUGGAGAAACUGGAAUUGGUGAGAAAAUGGAGCCUAAACACCUACAAGUGUACACGUCAGAUCAUCUCUGAAAAACUGGGUCGUGGCUCAAGAACAGUAGAUCUGGAACUAGAAGCUCAAAUAGAUAUUUUGAGAGAUAACAAAAAAAAAUACGAAAAUAUCCUGAGACUGGCUCAGACACUGUCCACGCAACUCUUCCAGAUGGUACAUACCCAAAGGCAACUUGGAGAUGCAUUUGCUGACCUGAGUUUGAAAUCAUUGGAACUUCAUGAGGAAUUUGGCUACAAUGCAGAUACACAGAAACUUCUAGCUAAGAAUGGAGAAACUCUACUUGGGGCUAUUAACUUUUUUAUUGCCAGUGUGACUACAUUGGUGAAUAAAACAAUGGAAGACACGUUAUUGACUGUGAAACAGUACGAAACUGCCAGAAUUGAAUAUGAUGCCUAUCGAACAGACCUAGAAGAGUUGAAUCUUGGCCCUCGUGAUGCAAACACUCUGCCAAAGAUUGAGCAAUCACAACAACUGUUUCAAGUGCAUAAAGAGAAAUAUGACAAAAUGCGUAAUGAUGUAUCUAUCAAACUGAAAUUUUUGGAAGAAAACAAGGUUAAGGUAUUGCACAAUCAGCUUGUUCUGUUCCACAAUGCCAUUGCAGCAUACUUCUCCGGGAAUCAAAAGCAGCUUGAACAGACUCUUAAAGAGUUCCACAUCAAAUUGAAAACUCCUGGAGCAGAUGCCCCAUCCUGGCUGGAAGAACAGUAAUCAGAUGAGAGGACCCAAUGUUAACAUGAAAACUUUAAAUCUGAUAAUAAUUCAAGGUUGGGGUUGAAAGACUGUUGUAGUGAUUCUUGCACAGAGAGCUUUAAUUAAUCCCAUCCCCACCCCCUGCCUUUUAUAAUACUGUACAACUGAGUUUGGUGGGAAAAUG